AUGAAAGAUAAUUAUUAUACUUUAUAAAAAAUUCCAAAACAACCUAUUUUAAAUAAAGCCGCAAUUGAAUUUUUCUAAAAAGGUAAAUAAUUAUUUAAAGAGAACAACAUUGAAGAAGCUUUAAAAUGUUUCAAUGAAGCACUUAAAGAAGAUCAAAUGAUGCUUGAAAGUUAAUAUUUAUUAGGAGUUUGUUUCUUAUCUUUUAAUUAAUAUUCUAAAGCUAUAGAAUAAUUCUGUGAUUUAUUAGAAAAAAAUGAAAAUUUCAAAAAAAACGUUUUUUUAUUAAUCGCUAUUGCUUAUAAAAAAACUAACGAAAUUAAUGCAGCUAUAUAAAUAGUAAAAUUUUUUUUUAUUUACUUAAAUAUAAAUAUUAUUUAUAAAUAGCUUGGAAAAGCUAUAAUGUAAUAUCCUUAAUAUUACGAUGCUUAUAUAUAUAGAGGCAAGUUAUAAGUUAAAAUGAAAAGAUUUGAAAAAGCAAUUUAAGAUUUUGAUAUAGCUAUUCAUUUAAAUCCUUAAUGCGGUUUAGGUUAUAUGGGAAAAGGAGAUUGUUUAAGAUUUAGUGGAUAAUUUAGUAGCGCUAUAAAUCUUUAUACAUAAGCCUUAGAAAAAGAAGAAAUAAUUGGGUAAGUAGCAAUUUUAAAAAGAGCAAUAACUUAUAUAGAAGCAAAAUAAUAUGAUAACGCGAAAUAAGAUUUAUAAAUAAUAUUAAAUUAAGAUAAUAAAAAUUCAGAAGCGUAUUAUUUUAAAGGAUUAUUAUACUAUACAUAAAAUAACCUUAAUGAUGCCAUAUUAUGUUUUGAAUAGGCUAUAAAACAUAAUAAUUCUCGAAAAGCUGUAACAAAAGCAUUAUAUUAAAUAGCUAAAAUAAAAAUAGAAUUACGUGAUUUUUAUUAAGCAUUCCACACAAUAACCAGAGCAGAAUUUUUAGACGUAGAUAAAAAGGCCUUAGAAAAAUUUAGAAUAUUUACAGACGGAGUAACUUUUUUAAUGAAACGUAAAUAUUAAGAGGGAAUAGAAAAUUUAUCUAAAUUAGUAAAAGGAUAUAAUCUGGGUGAUUUUUUGAAACCUUUAGUGUAUACUUAUCGUUCUUACGGAUAUUUUUGUUUAGGAAAACAUCAAAAAGCACUCCUAGAUUUACAAACUGUAGAAAAUAAACUCGAGAAAUGUUCGAAUUAUAACAAAUAUAUAUGCGAGGGAAUUUUAAGUGCCCAAAACAAUUAAUUCGAACAAGCCAUGAAUUUUUUUAAUAAGGCCAACAAACUUUUCUCUCAAAAAAUGGAACCUUUCUUCUAUAAAGCAAUGACUUUAGUAAGAUUUACUAAUAAACUAAUCCCCAAAACCGACGAAUAAAAGCGAAUUUAAUACAAAUAAAACGCUUUAAAAAACCUCGAUAAAGGAAUAGAGUUAAAUGAUCAAAAUGCCAAUAUAUAUUUUCAUAGAGGAGUCUUACGUUUCUCCUUAAACUAAAUAAACGACAGUAUAUAAGACUUUGAUAAAGCAAUAGAAAAAUCAGAAGACAAUAAUGCUAAACACUACUAUGCUCGAGGACUAGCUUAUGCUUGCAUAAACUGUAAAAAAUAAGCCAUAAACGAUCUUUCAAUAGCCAUAAAUCUCGACUAAAAUUACUCAAAUGCAUAUUUAAAUCGUGCGAAAUGCUUUCACUUAAUUGGUGAUAGAAAUUCUGCUUUUGUAGAUUUAUAAAAAUUUGUAAAUAUAAAACCUUAAGACCCUGAUAUUCAUUUAUGGGCAGGUAAUCUACUAUUUAACAUAGGAGCAUAUGAGGAUGCAAUAAAAGCUUAUUCUCAUGUAAAUAAUAUAAGUAAAAAUUGCGAUAUACUUCUUCUAAGGGCAAAAUGCUAUAUGGUAUUUAAAGAACUAAAUAGUGCAUUAGAAGAUAUGGAGAAAAUAAUAGAAUUAAAUUAGGAAAAUUUAGAUAUUCGAUUCGAUUAAGUUUGCCUUAUGUCGCUUAAAAUUGCCUCUUAAGGAAGUCAAGAAAUCGAAUAAAUUUCUUUUUUUGAAUAGGCACUUGAGAAAAUUUAAUAAAGCAAAUAAUUCGAAAAAAGGUCAGGAGCUUUUUUUAAAAGAUCAGAUAGUUUAUUCUUUAAAGGGUUCUAUAAAUUCCAUUUAAGAGACUAUGAAGGAGCUUUAAGAAAGUUUAAAAAAAGUUUCGAAUUUAAAAAUUAAGAAUGUAAACUUAAAGAAUAAAAUCUUUGCGAAUUACUUGAAGAUGAUGAUGAAGCAGUACAUAUUUCAGAACUAGAAGAAUAUGAAUUUUAGAAUAAAACUUAUAAUAUUUAUGAGUAUUAUUAUAAUUGUGCCAGUUGUCUUAUUAUGAUGGAAAAAUAUCAAGAAGCAUUCAAAUAUUUAAUAUAAUUAUAAGAAAUAUUACCAGAGGAAGAAAAAGUCAAAUGUUUGGAAGGACUUUUAUUGGUUUUAAAUGAUGAAAUUGAAAAUAAAAAUACAAAUAAUAUUUUUUAAAAGCUCCUUUUAAAUCGCAUAAAGAUUUUGUAAUUUUAUUAUAUUAUAUAAUAGUUAUUUAUAUUUUUUAAAAAUUUUCUUUAUAAGUAAGUUACUUUAUAUUUUUGUUUACCAAAAGUUGAAGCACCAUCUAUGAUUCCAUUCUUUGAUGAAAAUUUACUAUAAUAAUUAUAGCCUACUGUAGUAGAAAAUAAGCCUGAAGCUCCCUGGAUAAGGAAGACUUCAGAAGGAAUAAUAUUCACAGAUAAUGUUUAACAUUUUGAAGAUUUAGAUUUGAAAACAGAAACUAAAAGAGAAUCAGAUGAAGGUAAAAACGAUUAAGUUAUUGAAAAAAAUAAAUUAAAAGAUAUUCUUAAAUUAGAUGAGGAUAUUGAAAAAAAAUUAGCAAAAUUAAAUAGAAAAAUAUGA